AUGUCCAGUUCGCUGAACCGCACUCUCGGGAAUUCGCGUCAGUGGUGGAAACUCUGGGAUAGCGCAGCGCCGGCUGAUGGGAACAGCCUGGACCCACCUCACGGUCAGAAGGACUUCAAGAAGAGGAAAAAGGACAAGGGCCGCCUGAUGCCUGCCCCGAUUGUGCCGCCGGGAACCCGAGAGCAGGCGUUUGUGAGCGCCAUCUCUUCCAGCGGCGUGGCCCACGCCGUGACUCGGGCCUGUUCCGGCGGCAUGUUGCGCGAGUGCGGGUGCGACGAGUCCCUGCGGGGCCGCAGUGCGGACGGGUUCAAGUGGUCGGGUUGCUCGGACAACAUCGGCUACGGCACCAUGUUCUCCAAGUCCUUCGUGGACGCCAAGGACCUGCGCGUGAGCCGCCGCAAGCGGGAGAAGUACGCCAAGGAGCUGGAGCAGAGCAACGGGAAACGGAAGCGCGGCACCAGUCGACGCAUGGCGCCCGUGGCGCGGGCCCUCAUGAACUUGCACAAUAACGACGCCGGACGAGAGAUUAUUGCGCAAAACAUGAAGGUCGACUGCAAAUGUCACGGGGUCUCUGGGUCGUGCGAGAUGAAGACGUGUUGGCGAUCGAUGCCCAACUUCCGUGAGAUUGGAGAGGUGCUGAAGGAUAAGUUUGACGGGGCGUCGGAAGUUCGAGCGGAGAUGGUGGGCAACAAGAUCAACCUCGUGCCUCGGGAUCAAGGUUUCAAGCCCUACGGGAAGUCUGACCUGAUCUACAUCAACCGGUCUCCUGAUUUCUGCGAGUACAAUCCACACCGAGGUUCACUUGGCACUCAUGGCAGACAGUGCAACAAGGUCAGCUUUUUUCUUUUCCUAUAA